GCUCUGCAGAUGGGGACGGUGCUGGUGGGAGCUCCCAGGCAGGACGGGAUCAUCUCCAUCCUGACCAUCUCGGCACAGGCAGAUGAGCCUCACCAGGUGCAGUUCCCAGCUCCUCAGCACGGCAGCUCCCUGAGCCCGGGCCAGCCUCGCUGGGCCAACUACGUCAAGGGUGUCAUCCAGCACUACCCAGGUGGUCCUGUGCCAGGCUUCAGUGCCCUGAUAGCCAGUGACAUCCCCCUGGGUGGGGGCCUCUCCAGCUCAGCCUCUCUGGAGGUGGCUACAUACACCUUCCUCCAGCAGCUCUGCCCUGAUGAUGGUGAUUUGGCAGCCAAGGCCCUGGCAUGCCAGAAAGCAGAGCACACGUUUGCUGAGAUGCCCUGUGGGAUCAUGGACCAGUUCAUAUCCGUGAUGGGCAAGGAAGGUCAUGCACUGCUCAUCGACUGCAGGUCCCUGGAAACUGUCCUUGUCCCUUUGAGUGAUGCCAGCUUGGCUGUCCUCAUCACCAACUCCAACGUGCGGCACACGCUGACGGGCAGCGAGUAUCCCACGCGCCGGCGGCAGUGCGAGGAGGCAGCAGCAGCACUGGGCAAGACCAGCCUGAGAGAUGCUACCAUGGCUGAGCUGGAAGCUGCCAGGAGCCAGCUGAGCGACGAGGUGUACCGACGGGCCAGGCACGUCGUCAGCGAGAUAGCACGCACAGCCCAGGCAGCAAAAGCACUGCAGGACAGAGACUACAGCAUGUUUGGGAGGCUGAUGGUGGAGAGUCACAACUCCCUCAGGGAUGACUAUGAAGUGAGCUGCCCAGAGGUGGAUGAGCUGGUAGCAGCAGCCCUGGAAGUCGAUGGGGUUUAUGGCAGCAGGAUGACUGGGGGAGGCUUCGGAGGCUGUACGGUGACUCUGCUGGAGGCUGACGCUGCAGAGAGAGCCCAGCAACACAUCCAGGAGAAAUACAGCGGCACAGCCACCUUCUACCUCACCAAGCCCUCAGGAGGGGCAAAGGCACUGCCCCUGUAG